AAGACGACAAACAAAAUGUUUACAGUCAUUGUGCUAGUAGACGCUUCAUAACGACAGAGAUAAAAGACUCCAAACCACAAAUCUCUUCCACAAACUGUGACAAGACGGGAACGACUGGGUGUACGUCUGUGGCUUUCUCAUUAAAUAAGUUCCUCUCUACCACUGGACAUGCUUUUCAUUCUGGUUGUUCUUCUACAAGCUGUGAGUACAGCACAGGCCAUCGCUCUAGAUCCCUGCUCAGCUUAUAUCAGUCUGAAUGAACCAUGGCGGAACACUGACUACCACGUCAACAACUCUGCGGGAGUCCCUCUGUGCGACCGGCAUGUGGCGGGAGAAUGGUAUCGCUUUACGGGGAUGGCUGGGGAUGCUAUGCCAACCUUCUGUAUCGAGGAGAACCACUGUGGUACCCAUGCCCCCAUCUGGCUGAAUGGCAGUCACCCUCAGCCUAGUGAUGGCAUUGUCACCCUCCCUGCGUGUGCUAGCUUCAAUAAUAACUGCUGUCACUGGACAGCUAGUGUGGACGUAAAGGCCUGUGCUAAGGGUUACUAUGUCUAUCGCCUGCCCCGACCGUCCGUCUGCUUCCACGUCUACUGUGGCCAUUUCUAUGACAUAUGUGAUGAGGGGGAGUGUAACGGAGCUGACUGUCCUGUUAAAUCAGAAUAA